AGCAAACUUUCCACUAAUCAAGCUGCAUCUGCCUUAUGACCAAAGUCUUUUGUCACUGGCUGAAACUACGCUGGAAUUUCUAAGUUAUGGAACAACUGUUUAACCAGGAAACCAUGAUAGGAUUUGAUACCGAGUAUCAGAGAUAUUAAAGUUGCAAAUCAUGAUUAGGUAGGCAAACCAGCCACAUUUAUGUCUAACUUUAACUCUGGAUCUUCCAUUUGUAUCUUAGCAUGGAUCUCUCGAAACCUGACCCUCGCAAAGAUAACAAUCAAUUUGAUAUAAAUUAGCCUUCCAGUCUUUAUUGCAACUGCAUAAAGAAAGGUUAGUGCUCUAGCUUUCAGGCAAUGAAAGGGAGAACUGGGACCUCCUUGAGCAACCUCUAGCCAUGAAUUGUGUACCAAAAAACUGAGAGUCUCAGGUAAGGCUGCAAUUUUCUAAUUCUCGGUUUCAAUCUCAACCAUCUUUUGCUGUGCUGUUCUUUUUCGGCUCCAAGAAGAGACAUAUUUCAGUACUGGGAGGACCAUUUUCUGAUUAAGAAGCUGGGGAAUCCUGCAGCGAAACGGUCCCCGAUUCGGAUAACAAGCACCCACAAAACAAUUUACAGUCUUCCUUUUCCUUAUCCUAGAGACAAAGAAGAUGCUCUUUCUGUGUCUCUUUCUAGUUGGAAUCUUGAGAACAUUACUGUAGCCCAAAAGAACCUCCCAACUCCUUUGCGUUCUGCCCAAGGUAAACCGACUUGACCCCGAGGAAAGAAACGAAAAGAAAAAAAAAAAAAACAGAAAACCCUUUGUUCUUUUUUCCGCUUCUUGUUUCUUGACAUUAAACAAACCCAUCAAAAGCCAUACCAUCCUUUAGGGGUUUGGAACACUUCUUCUACAUCAAACUUGUUUGUUUGUUUGGUUUUUUUUUUUUACUCAAUUUUUCAAGUGGUCAGCUAUGUUACCAUCAAUUGUGAAUAUGCAUCGCCGCCUGCUUGAGACAGAAGUGAGCUUGCCACCAGCCAAUGGAAACAAAACUCAUGAUGCUUACAUUAGCGAGGCAAAUUUUGACACCAACAUGGUGAUUAUAUUGGCAGCCCUUUUAUGUGCUCUGAUCUGUGCGCUGGGAUUGAACUCAAUAGUCCGUUGCGCUCUGCGUUGCAGCCGCAGGUUUGCCCUGGAGACGCCAGAACAAGCAGCGGCCCGCCUGGCCACAACAGGCCUCAAAAAACGAGAUUUGAAGCAAAUCCCCGUGGCUGUUUAUGGGACAGGCGUGAAUUUUCCGUCCACUGAGUGCCCAAUUUGCCUUGGAGAUUUUGUGGAUGGAGAAAAAGUUAGAGUGCUCCCAAAAUGUAACCAUGGAUUUCAUGUGAGGUGCAUAGACACAUGGCUGGUGUCACACUCGUCCUGCCCGAAUUGUCGGCAUUCGCUACUUGAACAUGAUACAGCAACUACCGAGACAACCCCGGAAGUCACUGGCCAGCGAACCCCGGUAAAUGGAUUAGGAAAUCAUCAGCAUGGCAGCGUUGUUUUAGUUGUUGAAGAUGGAAGUUAAUACAAUUGAUCAUCAGUCCGAGAACUGGAGGUCGAUUAGAGCUUCACUGUGCUCGUAGUUGUUGGACUUUCAAUAGAGGAGAGGAGAUCAAUUGAUGCAGAUUUUUGGGAGCCAAUUGCAAAUGCUGGACGUUUCUUUUUAAUUUUUUAUUCUCCUUUUUUAAGUCUCACAAGUUACCAGAUAUAUUUGCUUACAGAGUUACAGUGAAGGUAGAUUGUUCAUCUUCUAGAUUCCAGAGAAAUAAAAAGUUUGUGUUGCAACUUUCUAGU